UUUAAAAUUUCACUUUAGACGAUAAAGUAUGAGACUUUACUAGUUUUAUUCACAUAUAAAGAUUAUUAUCAUUCAAACUAUUACUGAAUCAACCAUCAAUGGAGGGAGAGAGACACUACAGAGGGAUUCGUAGGAGGCCAUGGGGCAAAUUCGCUGCUGAGAUUAGAGACCCAACCAGGAAAGGGACUCGUAUUUGGCUUGGUACCUUUGACACUGCUGAACAAGCUGCUAGAGCCUAUGAUGCUGCUGCUUUCCAUUUUCGUGGUCAUAGAGCCAUUCUCAAUUUCCCAAAUGACUAUGUCGCUGCUUCUUCUUCCGGUUCUUCUAGAAGAUCACAACAACAGCAAGAACAUAUGCAUCAACUUGAUCACUACACUACUACCACUUCUUUUGAGUUGGAAUACUUUGACAAUAAGUUGUUGGAAGAACUCCUUCAGGGGCAAGAUGCUACUACACGCACAUCCCUACCUAGCUAGAAGCUGCAUUCUGUAAUAAGAGAUAAUAGAUCUCUAUUUUCAUUUCAUUUGUUUAGAUAAAUUAUUCUUUUAUUUCUAUCAUAUAGGGAUCUACCAUUCUAUUUGUUCUUGGAUUGAUCAAUGUCGAAGGUGUUCAUUUUGAAAAUUAUUAUAUUUAUGUUUUCCGGUCUUCUGUGUUGUUUCUUUCUUAGGUGCUCUGAAUUCUGAUUAUUAUACUUUUUUACCGGGUUUUGGAUAUGCCAAGCAAUAAAAUUAUCAAAUAAAUCAAUAAAUUAAGCUUAUUUCUAUUUC